CAUCGCGAGAGUCGCCAGGAGUCACCCGCGGUGACCCAUGGUCACUUACGGCCACCGACGACAGACGUUCGCGCUGGUUCCCCAGCUGUACAGCAGCGUUGACAGACGCUCAAUUACAUCUAGCAAGAUCAUCCGGAUCGCGAUCUUGGAGUCUCCGAUCCUGACAAGCGCGAUUCCUCAUCGCGUCAACAAUUGGCAGUCAAUCCUGACGUUUAUCAGUUCUGCGAGCAUCGUGCUCCGGCGAUGGAGAAUAUUUUAAAGUGAUGAGUAGUGACAAAGUUUUCGAAAAAGUGUUUGAUCGAAAUAGUCUGAAAAACUUUCCUCAUUUUAUUUUUUAUUACAGAUUAACAAUUGAUUUUUUAAAUAAAGAGUUGGAGUAGUUGUAGCAUUUGACACUGUGUCUUGUGUCGCGAGUGAAGAGAAAAAAAAUCGUCAUAAAUACGUUAAAGUAUGAUGAUUAGAGUUAUACUUAAUAGUUAUACUUAAAACUGAACUUGGUGGAAUUGAUUUGCGACGUAAACUCGAGCUGUUUUUGAAAAAAAAGUGACGGUACCGUAAGAGUGUGAUCGACAGAAACGCGCGGCGUAUUAACAGAGAGAACGCGAUGCACGGCAAAUUUUCCACUUCCCUCAUCGAAGUCGUUGAAUCCCGGCACAAUCGUAGCGAUAUAGAAUCUUUGGCACGCGCCGAGAGGUACGACGAUCGUUGCCACCAAGAUUUUCAUGGUACCUGCAGGCGAAACAGCGGAGCAAGUCACAGCACGAGGUCACCAAGUUAAGGACACUCGAGGACGAAGAGCGCUGUCCGUAGUUAUAUGUGUGUGCGUAUGUGCGCUCGCGCACGCACGCGAUGUCCAUUCGUGACGACGAAACUGCAACGCGCGCAAUUGCCGUGCCGGGAGCAUCGUUGAUCCAGAUCACCGUUCACCAGGAUCCGCAUCGAUCAGGUUCACCGUUAUUCAAGAAUCUCGACCGUCGCUUUGCGAUGGGCUCAUCAAGUCCUUAGAUUUUCAAACGCUUAGACUGCAAGAAACUUCUGAAUGUCCAGCUAUUAAACUUGGAUACUUUCAAUCGACUUGAAAGUGACCCUCGAAUCGAUGACACCUGAAUAGUUCCAGAACUUUCGAGCUGUCGCUCAAGUAAUAACGAAGAUACACGCGCGUCUGUGGCGUUGAAGAAUCGAAUGCGGCAGAGGAGAAAGGUGAAGAGCCUCCCUUCUUUUGCAGGUAAAUGAGUAGAAGAAAGCGAGGAGAAGAAAAGAAGAAAAAAUUUGCGAGACGAGGAAGAGAAGUCUGUUCAGUGAUUACGGCACGAGUCGAAGUAUCUUGCUGAGUUAAAGGGGAGAGAGGAAAAGAGAAGCCGACAGGAAGAAGGGCGGGGUAUCGAAAAGGGAAAUAGAGAAGAAAAGGACGUUGCGAUUAAAAGAUACCGGUCCCCUCUUCGACAUUAUCAUGAUGGCUCAACCCCUCUUCAGCCUAUUGAUCCUUGUAGCGAUCCUCGGCGAUUUCAUCAUCAGUAGCGCCGAGAGGAUGAGCGGUUUAUACGUAGACAACGGCUUCGAUCAGACGGUGGUCCACCGUGUAGUCAGCCAGCGUGAGAAACGCGAGGUGGAACACGAGAUCCUGAAUUUACUGGGACUGCCGGAUCGUCCGCGGAACACUAUCAACAGGCCCCCUCAAGUUAAAAGAUCGGCGCCCAAGUUCCUGCUGGAUAUCUACAAGAACGCCCUCGGCGAGGGCGAGGACGAGGAUGAGAAGCCCGUGAUGCAUCGUCACAAAGCCGGAGAAUUCGAUCUUAGUGGUCAAGAUCUGAGAGCGAUUGAUCAAAGCGAUGUCAUCAUGACUUUUGCUGCCCACAAUCAUCACGUCCCCGGGGUGAGACACGAACGUGGGAAGAGACUCUGGUUCGACGUGUCUGACAUACCACCUGAAGAAUAUAUGAUCGGCGCUGAGCUUAGACUGUAUCACAGCACACACGUGAAGAAUCGGAAAAACCAUGGCUCCCAUACGAUCACGGCAUACAGAGUAUUGAAUAUUGAGAAUGGGACUCGGGAAUUACAGUACGUUGAUGCCAUAAAUGUUACGAGCAGCAAAGAAGGCUGGCUGACAUUGAACAUCAGCAAGGCUCUUGAUCACUGGGUGAACAACCCGGACGGAAAUCGAGGGCUGUAUCUCUCUGUGCAUCCUGCUGAUCGUUCAGCGCACGAAGUGAGACCGGAGGAUAUCGGCAUUGUAGGAUUCCGGGGUGAUCCAGAUAAGCAACCCUUCAUAGUGGGCUAUUUCAAGAGUUCGGGCGUAAGGGAGUCCAAGGUCCGACAGAAACGCGACGCCAAGAGGAAGAAGAAGAGCGAUGCCCUUAGUUACGAUUACCGAAAUAAUCCUUACACUGAUCCUGGAGCGCAGUAUUCACGAACUUGCAAGAUUCAAACAUUAUAUGUCAGUUUUCGCGAUUUGCAGUGGCAGGAUUGGAUUAUCGCACCGGAUGGAUAUGACGCGUAUUACUGCAGCGGGGAGUGCAACUUUCCGUUGAACGCUCAUAUGAAUGCGACUAAUCAUGCGAUAGUCCAAACUCUAGUGCAUUUAGUGAGUCCUGGAAAAGUGCCCAAGCCGUGCUGCGCGCCCACUAAGCUUUCAGCCAUUUCGGUCUUGUAUUUCUUGGAUGAGAGCAAUGUCAUCUUGAAGAAAUACAAGAAUAUGGUUGUUAAGAGUUGCGGCUGUCAUUAGACUGUUCUUCCCGUUCAACUGAUGAUGGAAUGAAAAAAAGAAAAACAGCACUCUUUGGUCCCGAGACCAACUGAGCCAGGCAACAAUUUAAUAAUUGAAUAAACAAUAUUUUCUCACUGCUUUCUGAAUUCUAUUAUUCAGAUUUAGGAUCUGUCAAAACUAUAAAGUUAUAAUUUUUGAAGAACUGAAGCAGAGAAGCUGGGAUGAAGGUAAUGUUGAAGGAAAUAUUCUUUAAAAAAUCAAUAAGUAUUGACGAAACAUGAAAAAAUAUUAUAUGUAUUGGAGUUUUAUCAUUUUUACAUGUCAAAAUGAUAAUAAAUAACGUCAGCUUGCUACCUGGGCUGUAUAUAUAUAUUCUUUAUAUCGAUAUUGAAAAUUUUUAUACUAUGUAUUGUACAAACGGUAUUAUUGAUGCCUUUCCACUGGAGUUUCUUGAGUAAGAGUUUGGAUACUCUCUAACAUUUUCGAACUAUUAUAAUAUUUUUUAAAAGUGUUUAAAACAAUUUACUAAAAGAUACAAAAGUGGUUUGUGUAAGUCGAAAGCGAAUAUCCUCUUAAUAUAAAAAUGAAUUUUGUUUGAAUAGUUUGCAAAAAUUUAUUUAUUAUUAACCCUCAGCGUACAAUUAUAUGGGUUCUUAUGCAAAUAAAUAAGAUCUUUUUUAACAGGGAUAUAACGUUAACAUGAAAUGCAUUCAUAUGCUUGCAAAUAUUACCAUUAUAGAUAUUUUUAUCACGGAUACCACAUCGUGCCAAGCUCCUGUCAUAUUGUCAUAAAAACUUUAUCAACAUGCUGUCAAAUACAGGCAGCAAAUUGAUGAAAACAGUUGCUAUUAUGUUUGCUAUCAUUCGAACAUUCAUUGAGUAUCACGAAGCGAUACUAUUAAGACGCUGUCAACUUAUCAUCAAGUUUAUAAUUUACGUGAGAGCAGCAUUUCACACAUAAUUAGAAAGCAACUUGUCUCUAUUAUAGUUUGUCGACAUUUGUUGCUGAUAGCAACAGAUGUCGAUAAAUGGCUGAUAGCAUCAUGACAGUAUCUUGAACUCAUUUGACUAUCUGGAUAAAAAAGACUAUAAAUGUUUAUAUUUUUCACCUCUAAAUUUUUUUCAAAAAAAAAUGAAUCCCACGUGAUAACAAAACUCAAAUUUGGAAGAAAAUCUUGCAAUUUGACAAUUUUGCAAUAUGGAUAUUUAGAUACGAUAUAUCUGAUUGGAGGAAAUCAACUUCGAGUGGAAAGGAAUCAGCAUUUUGUAUACUACACGAGAGUGUGCGGACUUUAGAUGAUCUGAUUCGUUAAUGUUAAAUGUUUAACUCAUAAUUCAGAAAUUUUUAUAGUUUUAAUGUUUUGAUAUUAGGAGUUUUGCAAAAUAAUCUCAGAAAUCUAUAUUCAAGCGUUGUUAUGAUCUUUAUGAACCACCUUGUAUAUUUAAUUCUAUUUCAUUUAUAUAAAGUAUUAGUUAUAAUGAUUUUAGCACUUAGAAUGAUGGAAUCAGUCAAACAAAUUCUAGAGUUAAUUACAACACGCGAAAUAAGUAACGUGAAUUCAGUCCAGUAAUAAAUAAAGCUUUAAAACGUUUACCAUAACGUUGUCGUAGCUCAAACCACAGCAUUUUUGUGUAGCACAGCUACUACCACAAACAUUAUUGUGACGUUUUGAGAAAGUUGUAGCACCAAAGUGGGUCAAUAUUUUUAGGCUUUGAAAACAUCGCUACCAUUUCACUGCACAACAAUUUUGCUGUGAAAAAAGUUAUUAUACCAUGUCACAACAAUGGCAGUUUGAAUAAACGACUUAAUAAGCAUAGACUAAAGUUUUAAUUAAUAUAUAAUAAAAGUUAAAUUUUAAUUUUAAAGUUACGUAAAAAUAUUAAAAAGAGAAUUUAAAAAGUUGUUUUGCUUCAACUGAGAUUAAAUUCCUGAGCCUGAGAACUUUGCCUCACGAAACUUAGAUCAAAAUUAAGGAUAAACUAAUCAUUGCAAAUUAUUACAAUGCAUUAUUACAAUUCAUUGUACAUAUUAUAUAAGUAUAUAUAUUAGCGCAAAUUUAUAAGUACACUGAUUACUACACGUAGCAGCGGGAUUCUGUAACUCUUAACGACAGUAUUGGUAUUGUUGUGUUGUCAUUGCUCAGAUAUGGUAAAAAAACUGCGCUAUAAUACUGAUACCGAUACUAUCGUCAAGAAUUACAGGAACCGCUACAGAGCCAUAAGUAAUAAUUUUAAAGUCGCAUAAAUUAACACAUAAAUCCACUUGAUCAUAACUGAUACGUGCUAAAUUUAAUAUAAAACUAACAGAUAUGUUUUUGCUGUGACAUAGAAAUUACAGUCAGAUUACAGCUGUUCUGGUUAUAUUUUAAUUUCUAUACAUAUGCUAUAAUGAUUUACGUGCACGUGUAUGAUAUGAUGAUAAACUUCCCCUGAUGCAUGGCGCGUAUAUACAUAUGUAAUACAAUAUGUUGAUCACGACAUGAUAAUCUGGAACGCAAUAAAUUGAUUAUCGUUUCGUGCUGUGUGGUGAAAAAAAACAGAAAUUAAAAUGUUUAUAAUUGCAGACUGCGAUUAGUUUUGGUUCUUUUGAUAGCUGCUACAGCGACUUGUAAAGCUGAAAUAGCUAUGGUUACAUUUUGACUUUUUUAUUAGCUGUCACAGCGGUUGUAUAGCUGUUAAUACAGCUGAAAUAACAGUGGCUGCAUUCACACUUUUUCAUCCACUGUCACAGCAGCUGUGUAGUUAUUAAUACAGCAAAAAUAGCUAUAGCUUUUAUUUAUUUUUUUUUAUUAGCCGUUGUAGCAAUUGUACAGCUAUUAAAGAACUAAAAUUGUUGUGGCUGCUUUUUAACUUUUUAUUAGCUGUUAUAGUGCUUUUGAAAUUAAAAGUCCUAUUUGAUAGUAAAUGCUAUUUGGUAGUCUUUACUGUCAAAUAGCUGUAAUUAAGAUUGGCAAAACGUUGUGUCAGCAAUAUUUUUGCUGUUGCAGCGAAUGUAGCCAGACUGUGUUAUUUGGAAAGUAAUAAAAACAUUAAAAACUCGAAUUUUUUUAAAUAUGUUUGAAUCUAAGUAUUCAGCUAUAUUGUAUUGAUGUUAUAUUCGCUAUUCCAUAAUUUCUUCGUCACAGAUACAAUAAUCAAACGUCUGUAUUGUGAAAUCGUUAGAAAUAACAGUUCCAACAGUAUUUUUAUUGUAAAGCUCUGUCAUCAAUCUUAUUUUAAUGUGGCAUAAAAUGAAAAUAUUGUGAUUCUUUUCCUUGCUCGCUUUUUCACGUAGACGUCACAUGGCAAUGACGUCUGAGUAUUAAUUAUUAUUAAUGAUUAUUAUUAGUAGAGUAUUCUAGUCUGGAGAUGUUUUUUGGAUCGAUUUUUGGGAAUUAAAAUAAUAAAAAGCAAAUAAUGUUGGGAUUUAGAGCAUGUAUUUAUUUGUACUUUAAAUACAUAUGUAUAAUUCAACAAAUUUUUUUAUCAAAAUUAGUCGAUACAUGCAAUAUCUUUUUUUAUCAAAAUUGCAAAAUUUAAGCAAAGUUCGUAUUUCAAAUUUUCAAAGGUCAUUUCUUAAAAAUUAUUUUCUCUUCUUAAUUUUAUACGGAAUAUUAACAGUUUUGCAGCAGUUUUUCAGAUAAAAAACAAAUUGGAUCGUUUAUUUCAAAUGUCUAGGAUCGACAUAAUUUAUGUUGCAGGUACAACACGAUUGUGCGCAGUGAUCUGUAACUCUUACAUUGACGCAAAUCACUUUAAAAUAUUUGAACAAAUUACUUAAGAAAUUACUUAAAGUAUAAAUAAACACGUAUGCGUUCAUUAAUUAUAUACCAGUUGCAGCAGCUGUUACGUAAGAUAUUGCAUAUAACUGUUUACUAAUACGUUCAGUGUUUUUGUAAUGAAGAGUAUUCUAAGAAUGUUCAAUAAAAAAGGAUGUUUAUGUGCUGUCUGGGAUAUGUAAAUUACUAUCCACAUAGCAUUGAAUACAGCUUCCAUUAACAUUUCAGAAGCAUUGUAGCAUUGUAAGUUGCAAUGUAACAUUUCAGAGACAAAUAAUAUCAAUAUUUACAUGUAUUAAAAAGCGCGUUGAGUAUGCUCUGAUAUGCAUGUAACUUCAUGUUUAUAUUUUAAACGUGUUUUAAUAUAUGCCAGUGUAAUAUAUGUAAAAUCCUGAAAAUUUUAUAAUCUUUAUCUACAACAUUGCUGAAAUAUUUCGAUGAAAUGUUGAUAUUGUAUGUUUCUGAAAUAUAUUUUUAUGUCUUUAUUUAUUUUCCCAAAAUUUGACUUCAAAAACAAGUCUUUAGACUACACUCAAAAAGGAAACACUUCUUUUUGAAGUGUGCAAUACCCUGUAAGAGAGCAGCGUGCAAGAGAUGAGAUCGCAGUUAGCAAAGGAAUUCAAUUGGAUGCACCAGCACACGUUGGUGCACAUUAAACCCGUCGUAUAUAAAUCGUGAAGAUAUCAGUUUAAUAUAAAUGCAAAAGGGUUAAACUGCGAAAUUCUCAUUAUGCUUUUCUGUACUGCUUGAUAAAGUAUAUAUUUGAGAUAUUUACAUUUUACUUUUACAUUUACAUGUACAACGGUUUUAAUGUGGACCAGUACGUACUAGUGCAGUCUACUUCGUUAUAACAAUAAGAUAUUUCAGUGUAUGGAUAUUCAAUCAUAAUUAUGAGUUUGACAGAUGUCAGACUUCGCAAAUUAACACAGAAAUAGUACAAAAAAGCUGUUUCUGUAUUAAGAUUUUAUAGGUAAAUUGAUUUAAUUUUUGCUAAAAAGAAAUCAGUACUUUCUUGGUAGUACGAACAAUUACCAAAUAGUUUUGUAUUUAUAGCAUAUAAGCUGUGAGCGCGUAGGUGUAUUCAAACGUAAGUGGCGUAAGUUAUUAAUAAAGAAACUCGUUAGCGCGUAUUAGUCAUGUAAGCAUGUAUAAAAACGAAUAAUUACUCCUGUAAUUUGUAAGUUUUGUAUAUCACCAUUGUAAAUAUAUUCUCUUGUAUAUACUUCCUAUGUUUCUGUACUUUAAUUAUAUUCUAUGCAUAAAGACAAAUAAAUUUUAAAAAUGUGGAAACAUUAAA